AGGCCGGCGCGCGGCGUCCUUCCUCGGCGCGCGGCGAAGAGGCGUCCAACCCCGGCGGGCUGUGCUGUGCUGGGCGAGGCCGGGCCGGGCCGGGCCGGCGGGCAUGGAGGCCCCCGAGGGAAGCGAGAGCCCCGGAGGGAAGCGGGGGCCAAUGACAUCCACGCCCAAAGAGCACCAUCCUCCUCCGGGCCUCCCCGACCGAACUGAUUCAGCAACAUCUUUAGAUAGUGACAACUCAGGAGAAGACUGGCUUAUAAAAGUUUGCUGUCCAAAAGCCCGGCAUCGAUAUCGUAGAUAUGCCCAAGCAAAAAAGCCUACAAAGACUGGAUUCUCACAUUUGGAUAAAGAAGAGGAUUUUAUAGCGCUUACAGAAUGGAUGCCCAUUACACCUUACCAGGUCUAUCCUGGAGUGCCAAGGCAGGAAAGUACAGACUUGGAGUGGCUCAUAAGACUUCGCUGUCCAAGGGCCCAAAUGGAGCAGAUGAGGGCGGAGCGGAAACAAUCUCUUCCAGCAGUCUCUACACCCUUGAGUAGAUCACCCAGCAAGGCUGGCAGAAGUCUUCAACCUGGAGGGACCAAAGAUUCUGAAAACUGGCUGAAACAUUUUUCCAUAGCGCAGGCUAUAGUUAAUGAAAGACAGGAUGUUGUUGGUUCCACCCAGGCCCUGCUGGAAAGAGAGAACUGCUUUGUGAGGGAAGUAGACAGGUAUUUGAAGCACAAUGAUUUCUUAGCUCUAAGGAGGAGGGAAAUGCUGUACAAGAAGUGGUUUGAGAAUGUUUCAAGCCCGCUACUACAGAAAAUUCAGGACAAAGUUGACAACCAGUCAAGUGAAGAAAUAGAGGAAAGGAAGCGAAAGCAGCUCUCCCUUUACCUAAACUACUGUAAUAAGAAGGGCAGUGCAUUUUUAGAAAGCUAUAAUACUUCCUCUUAUGAUCCUUUCUUUCUGAAAUGUUCUACAGACACUUGCAAGGUUUCAGUUCCACCUUUAUACGAUCCUUUGUUAAAGGAGAUACGAGGAAGAUACCUUGAGGCUGGCAUUAUUCAGCAGUGUGACUCAGGAAAAUUAUUUUCCUCCAAAGAGAUGAGUGAGCUCCAUAAGGCAGAACUGCCACUCCUUCCAUUGAGUCGGCAACUUAUGAAUCCAAUAGAGUGGUUAAAAAUUCCAGCUGGGUACAUAGAAAGUGAGAUUCGUCAAAAGAGCCGGAAGGCACAUAUGAGAGCUAGGAAAGGUAAAGAGCAAGCGAGAACACAAAAGAAGAAAAAUAUCCUAGCCAGUAGGGGCUCACCAACCGGGAAAGCCAGGAGCCCUGAGAGGCACGGACUGGUCUUGGCCUAACCCCACUCCUCCUGCCAGCAUUAUAGCCGUCUGCCUUCUAAGACGAGGGAAGGAGAUGGCCCACUGAAGAUGAUUUUCCUACCACUCCACCCCUAAUAGAAUAGCUAUGUGUUGUUCACCAGUAUAUCUACACAUUAACAAGGUUUUGUUCUCAAUGUCAAUGAAGUGGAAAGGGAAUGUUAAGAGUACUGGUCCGUUUGCCAUUUUACAUUUUAUUCUGUGCCACACAGUCUCAACACAACAGUGAACAACUGUUGCAGUAGCAGUAAGCAUUAGUGCCUGAUAAUGGUCUAAUUUCGUUCUGUUAAAAGGAGAAAAAUGCGCACAUCUAGAAACCUGACUUCUGUGGAUUUCAAGAGGUAGGGGGACCCGUCCUGGCUUCUGCUGAACGAGAGAUGGCUCUGCCAGGAAACCAGAUUUCACCUGCAUGCCCAGUCUUUUGACAAAUCAGAUACUAACUGGCUCAUCAGUUUGGAAACCAGCAAUAAAAUCUGCUUCCCAAUGAUAUGCCUUUGAAAUGGAUUCCUUAUCUAAGAUGCAAACCAAAAGCAGUGUGGAUUCUGAGCCACAGUUACCAGGAUAGAGCCUCAGCUUUUGCAUUAGACAGAUAGCUCAGGAAGAUGCAUGGCAAGCAACAGCAGUGAUACUGUAUAUUUAUUCCCCCCAGGUUAGGAGUCCUACCCUGUGUAUAGCACUUUUUUACUUUUGAGUAUAGCAGUGCCAUACAUAUGAAACAUCCUAGAGCAAAAACUGUUUUUGUCUGGCAUAAUGUUCCAGGAACACAUGGAUUAGGUCCUCUAAAGAUGUGCACAAACCUGAGCACUAGAGCAGUUACUGAUUCUGGCCACAGCACAAUAACAUAAAGCACAAACCUAUUAACAGUAGGGAAGUGAGGGAUAUAUUACACUCUUCUAUCUACACAACUAAAUGCACUAUUUAAUUGAAGACAAGACUCUUUCAUGGAAUCUACUUUCCAAAAUGAGGGGCUUGUGGAGAAGAAGAUGCUUUUGGUGUAGAUCAUCCACUUACCUUGCUGCAGUUGGUUCAGUUGAAAAGCAGAAGGGAGCAUUAGACCAAGUAUUAUGCACUGGUCUCUAACAGUUGGUGAUGUUGACCUUGUGUGACCCAAAACCAGGUCCUAAAAGGUUACUGAUCUUGUAAGAGACAGCCAAGUUAUUCAGGACACAGUACUCUUACAACAGUUGUUAGUCCCUUGUAAUGUGAAAGAUACCAUUUGCUCAGGUAUCAUCCGGUUGGCAUGACCAUGGCAGCUGUACAAAAUAGAUACCGUAUAUAAAGGAGGAGUGUGUCAAUUGUUGAGAAAUUUUUGCAGAUACCUUGCAACAUACACACAAUUUAGGCAAACUAGUUGAAAUGAUUAAUAGUGGUAUUGUUAAGAUAGUAAUAUUGAAGGCCUUUGUUGAUUUAAAAUUUGUACCAUUCAUUUGUUUACUCAUUGCAGAAGUGUGGUGAUUUUGUUAUAUUUCAAGUAUGUAUUGAGUUAGAUGUAGAUACUUGCACAAGUAAAUGUGAAAUAGCAGUUUUGUUUUUAUUCCCGCCCAGGAAAAGUUGUCACAAGUCAGUUUUUGGAAUGUGGGAUCUGACUUUGAAUUGAAUAGAUGCUCUAGGAAAAUUGCAUUAAAAUAAAAUAAGAUAAGAUAAAAAUAUAAAUACUUAAACACAGAAAACUUUUAUUCAGGUCAAGUUUGCAAUUCUGUUAAAACUUGUUAAGCAAUAUAGCACCUAAAGGAUACAACUCGCACUAACUUUGCAUUGAAAGCAGUACAGUACUUAAGUAGCAGAGAGUCGAUUUAACAAUGCACAGGAGGGCCCGCCUAUUUGUCAAAUGCCUGAAACUGGCAACUACUGCUGCCAGCCUUUUUGUACUUCUUCUACAAGGUGCAGCUGUGCUGCAGGUCUUUUGCACAGAAGGGCAAUCCGGUGGGCACUUUUGCCUGUUCGCGUCGAAGAGGAAGAUCUAUUUAAUUCCAUUAUAUCCUAUGAGCAGUACCCGUAACAAAUAUGAUUUACAUUUUGUUUAUAUUUUCUUGAAUUUAGUUCCUGUGUUUUUUCACAUUCAGAGGUACAAUAAAAUAUACUUUUGAAAAUCA